AUUAACGCAGCAGAGAGUUUUUGAAAACUUCGAUAGGCGAGCCGAAACUUGGUACACAAAAGCAACGUCGGAAACAUCACUGGAGCUUCUAAAACUUUAGACAAACUGCCAAUAAAGCGAAAGUUUCUUCUUUCGCGCCACAAGCAACCAGCGAACUGAAUCACCCCAUAACCCAAUUUGGUCAGCGUACAUCAAUUGUGAAACACUUUGUUGCAAUUUUAGGGUAGCGAGAAAAGAAAAGAGUUUGCCGAAAUGGGAUAAAUAACAUUUGAAGUAAUUAAAAUUUUGUUGCAAACGUAAAAUGAGCGAAAGCUUCCAAAAAAGCGAUGAAACUUUACAGAUGCAGAAGUAACGGCAAAUACAUAUGUAUGUAAGUGAUCGAUAAGAAAGAAACAAAGGAGGGCGUUAUUUAAUAAGUUGGCGAAAAAGUGGGCGGCGCGCCUUCAGUGGGGCAAAAUAAAUCGAAAAGCGCACGAAAGUAGUGGAAGUGGCACAGUGCAAUGAAAUAAUUAAUUCAAUACACUUAGAAUUGCAGUUUCAACUUAAGAAACGAGAAAAUCGUAUUUAGCCAAAAAAAAAGCAAAAAGAAAAAAUAAUAUACAGCAAUCAAACUGAAUGAGUUGCAAUAAAAUAAAGUAAAAAGUAAAAAAAUAUAUAUAUAGCAGAUAAGAAGUGAAGUGUAGAAAAGUUCGCGUGACAACAUUUCAUUCGGCGGCAAAUUGAGACUCCGCGCAGCGCUAACUACGACCGCUGGCGGAGCGGGGCUCACCCGGUCUGGUGUAUGAAAAAAAAAUAAGAAAAUGACGUACACAACUCAAAUAGAAGUGAAUUGUUUAAAAUCAGAAAAAUCACAACAACAACAAGAACAACGCAAGCAAGUCGAACAAUUUGAAAUAUUCAACAGCAGCAGUAGCAGCAGCUGCAGUGAAAAAUUCGACAAAGCGAAAAACUGUAAAUUGGUGUUGAUGCAACGUGCAGCACGCGCAACUUCCACGCAGAACCACCAGCGCCAGCAGCAGCACCAGCAGCAGGAGCAACAACGGGAAUUGCGAACAACUGCAGCGGAUUGCCGUGUUACAGCCACACGCACCGCAGAUUUGCCAGAAACACAGCAAAAACGACACAACUAUACCACCUCCAACAUGAUUGAGAGUAGCAUCUUGCAACUCGCACCACUUGAUAAAGUGGCAGCAAAAAAGAAGAUAGUCACUGGCAUCAUGCCACACUGCAACAACACAAGCUUCGUCCAGUUGCGUGAGCUGCAGCAGGUGCAGCAUAACCGCCAGCAGCUUAAUUCCUCCGACAACAACAAGUCGUUGAGUGAAAGUUACGAUGGCAGCAGCAGCAGCUGUAGCAGCAUCACGUCACUACUACGCAUCGGCAGCAGCAGCAGCAACAGCAGCUGCAUAAACAACAACACAAGUAGACAGCAGCGACAACAGCAAAGUUCUUGGCGAUGCGCACGUUCCAUCGUUCGCUACUACACGCAGCUCUUCAGCGUUCUGCUUCUUAUGAUGGCGGAGCAUUUUCCAAACGGUGAGUAA